AUGGAUAGGAGCCGAGCGAAAAAAACGAGCAAACCCCAGUACUACACCAAAGGAGCUGGUUCAAGAAGAUACGAUAAUUACUAUAAGCACAAAGAGAGAUAUGGAGUCGAGGAUAAAGAGAAUAUGCAAUUUUAUGAGGAGGAAGUUCGGCAGUCAAAUUUUUAUUACCAGAAAAAUAAUUGAGCUGACUCCAAACACGUCAGAGCUCAUGCUAGAUGCUUGGAGGAACCUAAGAAAGAGCCAAAGCACCACCAAGAGAAGCAAUAUGACCAUUAUAAGGCUCAGAAAUAAGGUAUAUAGUCAGGAUUUUAACAGAGGAGCCAGUCCGGUUUUGAUGUGAAAUGCUUCAAAGCCGACUAAAUAAAAUGCCAUCUUAUAAACCUUUACCGAAACUAGCUGCACAUUCACCUAGCGAGCGGAUGGGACCAACCCAUACUCGUCCUUAUAGUACUCAGGACGAAUCUCCUCCUCUUAGCUGCCCAUCAAGAGCUUACGAGAAGAAAAGAGUUGACUAUCAUAGUAGAAAUAAGGAGCCCUUAGAAACCAAGAAUGAGGCUCAUAAGAAAGCAAUGCAUACGUACCAGCCAAUGUAUGAUAUACCUGCCAAGAAACUAGAGAAGAAAAAGGAAAAUCCACCUCCUAAGCCAAAGAGGUUUGAAUACAUGGAGUCUCUAGAAUACAGAUAUGCUCCUGAAGAUCUUGAUAGAAGUGAUUCUAGUAUCACUUCUGUGUUCAUCGCUCCAUCAAAAGCUGCAAAGCAAAAUAUGGACAGAUUGGUUAAAAUUAAAGAGAAAAUUUUGAAGCCGAUGGGUGAUCACUCUCAUGAUGUUGAUUUCUCCUCAAUGACACAUUACAGUAGGAGUAUGACCAACGGAGAUGGACAUUUUAAGGACUCAAUAGCUACUCUCUCCAUUGAUCAAGACGAAGAUGACCUAGAAGACUUUAAUAAUGCUUCAAAGAAUAUUUCAAGAGAGGCUAACUUUAAUUCCACCAAUAAGAUGGCCAAUAAUUAUAGUAAUAAAUCUCUGAAUAGCUAUAAUACAAAGUCAAGAGAAAGAUUUGAGUAUUACCAGUCAAACGAGGAGGUAUACGAUCCUAAAGUAAUGGACUCUGUCUCAACAACCAGACCAGGAAUGAAUAACAUUGCGAUUUCAGAGCACCUCCAGAAAGCCAUUGAAGAGAGAAAGAAUGAUUUAAAUGACUACCAGAAUUAUGUGAACAAGGAGAUAAAAGCUCAUCAAGAGGAGCCUGAUCCUAAUAAGAACAUGAUUAAUCUUGAGAAUAUAAUCAUCAUCGAGAAGAAAAUCAGUGAAAUUUCUGAAGGCAUCAAUACAAUGGUUGAAAUAAAUCUCCUCUGUGAAGACUGGUGGGAAGUAACUCAGGAAGAAACUAUGCUCAUGAAUCUUGGAGAGGUAUUCAAAGAACCAAAAUAUAAACAGAUUUUGAAACAAGCUACUCUCUGUGAGUGAGUUACAGUCUCUAUUGUGUACGUAAUUAGCUUGCACUUGGAAACCCCUCCUUCAAUAAUUCUUACUUUACUGAAGAACAUGCUGUUUUAUGUCCAUCAAAACUUCUUUGUGUUUGUAAAGUUGAUCUUGUCCCGCCUUCCACAAGAGAGCCGUGAUAAUGUUUGGGCUCAUUCCCUGCAAAUGCUAGUUGAGAAUAAGGGAUUCAAGAGGAAGAAAAAGCCAGAGCUUUUUGCUCUUCUGAACCACAACAUCUCUCAGCUGGUAGCAAUCACCCAGAAAAUUUGUGAAGGAAGGCUCACCCUCCAACAAUUGGCUAAAGAGAAGGAUAUGUCUGACAGCCAGAUGAUGGAAAGUGAUCAAUUUAGUAUAAAUUUCUUCUUUUCUCCUCUCGCACAAACAUUCUUAAUCUUAUCUGAAGAAAUUGUGAUGAAAUGAGACCUUUUUACAGUGGAAUCUGCACGAGAGGAUCUCAUCAAUACUCUAGAAGGAUUCAACUCAGCUAUGGUCCUGAAGAGAGAACAGGGGGAUAUCCAUGACAUGUAUAAAAUUGGAGGCACUGCUUUCGGUGAUAAUGAGGAGCUCCAGGUGGUUGACCCACCUUAUCUCCCUCCUCUUACAGAAAAGCAGCAAGCUAAAACUUAUACACUUGUUCUUGAUCUGGAUGAGACCCUCGCUCAUUACUUUGAGGUUGGUGAAGAGGGCAGAUUUUUGAUUCGGCCAGGUUGACAAAAAUUUUUGAAAAAUAUGAGCAAAUAUUUUGAAAUAGUAAUCUUCACAGCGGCAAUCCAGGAUUAUGCCGAUUGGGCAAUUGACCAGUUUGAUCCCGAAGGAUGUGUGCAAUAUAGGCUCUACAGACAACAUGCUCUUCGCUGUGGUUCUGUCUAUAUUAAAGACCUUUCCAGACUUGGAAGAGACCUGAGAAGGAUGAUUAUCGUUGAUAAUGUCCCAGAGAACUUCCAGCUACAACAAGACAAUGGUAUUUUUAUCACAUCUUGGUUUGAUGAUGUCACUGAUACAGCUCUGACAGAGCUUGGCACAAUUUUGAUGGAUAUUGGCAGUAGAAAAGUAAAAGAUCUUCGGGAAGAACUCAGAAGAUUCAGAGACAUGAACUCAACACCUACUUCUGAAAUGGGUAAUUAUGAGGAUAAUUAGUUCGGUCUCUUUCAAUUCAUA